GGGGCGGCAUGCGGCUCGGAAGAUCCAGACCCAGCUGCAUUUCCCGCUGUCCCUGGACUUCGGGCCCUACACCACACCGGCGGUCCUUCGAGAAAGGUACGGUCAGACGCGGCAUAUCAUUCCUGCUGCGCACGUGGGUUGGCGAGAGUGGUUGGCAAUAGAGCAGUUGUAGGGGCUCCGCUGACGUGUAGGAGACACCGCUAGCAUACUAGCAUGGCUGCUUCACUUCCCGCGUUAGCUCCCUCGCUCGCUGUCGCAGGUACGGCAUGGGGCCCGACCCGGCGACCACCAGCGCUCCGGACGCGCCCAUCAAGCCCGACCCGGAUGCUCCAUCCUCCUCCGCCACCGCCGCCCCUCACAGCAGCGGAUCCAGCCACUGCCUCCCGCCGCCCCCCAGCUGCUGCUACCAGCUCUUCGCCGUCAUUAGCCACAAGGGGGACCUGUCGGGGGGACACUACGUGGUGUUCGUGCGGCCGGGCGGGGGCGGAGGCGGGGCCGGGGGCGGCUGCUGGUACCAGUGCGAUGACGCCUGGGUGACGGCGGUGACGGAGGAGGAUGUGCGGGCGUGCCAGGCCUACAUGCUGUUCUACAGCGCGCAAUAGCAGGGGUAGGGGGGUUUUCCGGGGGGAAGGGACAUCGUCUGCUUGCAUGUUGUGUGUCAUGCGAGGGAUGCUGUUGGGUUUAAUUAGGGAUAUGGGAUAAGAUGUGUAGCCCAGGUAGCUAGCCCGGGGAGUGGUGGGAGUAGGUAGCGCCCUAGUUAUGGUGCGUCUGUCUGUUUGUGUGUAUUGUGAACGCCACACCCGGCGGGUAGUAGUAGCGGCGCGGUGCAGGAGUUUAUCGUGAGUCGAGUGUUUGGUGCCGUAAUGUUUAAUCAAUGUAUAUGUGCGGUGUAUGACGGUUUAGGUGUCGUGCCGUUGUGGUUACUCGCCUGUUGCAUGCCGUAUGGCAUACACUGAUGCAGUGCCAGUGCAGCUCAGAGCCAGGUAUACCGGCACCUGCAUUGCUACCAACAGCUGCAUGCAAGGACGUGUGCCAUCGUGGCAAUGGCUGGGAGCUGGUGUCUCUCUGUCUGGGGGUUCACGGAUCCACAGGCGUCAACAUUGGCUUAUACCUAGGCUGUGGCGGUGAUGGUGGUUAAUGCGGCGGUGGAGAUGUUAUAUUGCAUGAUACCGGUACCAGUAAUGUACGGAAGUCGAUGAGCCGCCGGUGCAGCUAGGACAGGGCGUUGGUGACGUUGCUGCAUGCAGCGGGUGUUUGUCCACCUGUCCACAUGCCUCACAGAAUGCCGUGCAACACAUCACAGUCGGAAGGUAUGAGGGGGGCGGCACAGCGACACAACUGCACGGCGCUUGGUCGCUUGCAUGGCAGAGGAGGAGGAGGAGGUGCAUGAGCUACCGUUUGUGUUUGGUGAUGGGCAAUACCAAAUGCAUGACACCUUGAACGAAACAACGUCGUACAACAUGAGAAUAAAGAUACGACAGCAAUGAAUG